AUGGCCACAACACCCACCGUGGUCACGGCCAACGAUCGGCCGACUAUGUACUCCCCGCUGCCGACCCCCUGGCCGAUGAACUCCGAUUGUGCUUCAAGAACGUAUCGCCAAUCUGACGAAGGCCCAAUUCUCGCAUGGGAUCCGUACUUUGGAAUGAACAUAGACUCCGGAGCAGCGACGUGUUUUCCAGAGGCGGUGACUUCCUGGUGGUUUCAGACCGUGAGCCAGGCGACAUCCAUUGCCUUGGGUCCGACGUUCGAGUGCCCCCAACUGUAUACGGCUGCACAAACACUACUGGAAGCAGGAGGGGUACAGCACGUUUUCUGCUGUCCGUCAGAUUAUUCGUUCAACGUGCCGCAACCGAAUAGACCCGUUUUCCCGUCUCAGUGUCUGUCGAUGGCUACACCUGGACAAAGGAUUACGUACGAAUCCCUUACAAUAGGAACAAACGGCGCGAUCGCCAAAAGGACUACAAGUGUAGUCAGUUCGGCUGAAGUCACUAUCUGGGCAGUACCAGUCAACGGAUACAACUUCCCAGCGAGUUCGACGAGCAGAUACCAGGUUCUACGACCACAGAACAAGUAA